AUGGCCAGUGAAUGAGCAAAGGAACGGCCCACAGGCACACGCAGCGCACAGCGUAUCGCACACAGAGACACAGACACAGGGUUAGUCCACCAGCUCAGGGGCCAACUCUCCGUGCCUGCCUGCCUGCCUGCCUGCCUGCCUGUGUGUGUGUACCGGUGGUGGUGGCGGUGGUGUGUGUGUGUUUGUUUGUGUAACGGUGUCAGUGAGUCAGUGACUUUUUACUUUGGUGCCACGCUCGCUCACUCUAGACGGACGGGACUAUACUACUACUACGACUACUACUGCUGCUGCUGCUGCUACCACUACUCACCUUGUACAGCCGACUGAAGCAUUGUCCGCUUCUCUUUGCAGAAUGGCUGAGGCAGAACUUCAUAAAGAGAGACUCCAAGCACUAGCGGAGAAACGAAAACGACAAUCAGAGAUCGAGGACAAGCGACAACAGCUGGAUGACUUCGUCCUGCAGCUUCAGCAUCUCCGGUCCAAAGCCAUGAGGGAGAGGUGGCUGCUGCAGGGCACCACACAGGACGCGGAGGACAGCCAGAGGAGACAGGUGGAGCAGGACGAGCAGCAGGUCAAGCAUCUGGAGGAGGCCGUCCACAGGUUGGAGUCUGAGAUAGGUCUGCUGGAAAACGAGGAAUCCCAAAUCUCUGCCAAAGAACAAGUCUUGCGGGAGAGGCUGCGAGAAACUGAGAAAUCAAUCGAGGACCUGCAGAAGAGUCUACAAGCUCAAGAUGGAGAUGCGGUGAGCUACGUGCUUCCCCAGAUCCCUGGCCUGCUCCCCGAGCUGAACUCCACGUCCUCAGCCACCAACGCUGCUGCGGGGAAGAACAACUCCCAAGUCCCAAGGAAACCUGCGCUGUACGCCAUGGAGAUCAGUGUAGAGAAGGACCUGAAGACGGGCGGCACCCGGAUCGUGUCGGCGUCCCCCGUCAGCCCCGAGGAGUUGCAGGCGCAGCACCAGCGCGGCGUCAAGGUGUACGACGACGGCCGCAAGGUGAUCUACGAGGUGCGCUCGGGCGUCUCCACCACCACCACCGUGGAGAACGGCGUGCACACCUGGAGCCCCACGGACGUGGACGAGCUGAUGCAGCGCGUCGGCCAGGCCCAGCGACAGAAACAGAACCAGAACGCCGCCGACGCCAACACCGCUGACGCCGACGACACCGGUCCGGAUCCGGGCCCAGGCCGCACCGCCGGCACGGCUGGCAAGGUGGUGGUGACGCCCGCCGAGCCCGACGUGCCACCUCCCGGGAGUUCGACAGAGGACCUCGACAACCACCACCACCACAAGCUGGAGAUCGUGGAGCGUGGCGGUGGCGGAUCCAGGAGCACGGAACCGCCACCGGUGCCGGUGCCGACGAGCGAGGCGGUGACGGGAGCGCCCGAGGCCACGGCGGACAAGCCGGUCACCAUGAUCUUCAUGGGCUACCACAGCGUGCAGGACGAGGACGAGACCCGCAAGCUGCUGGGCUUCGACGGCACCAUCAAGGCGGAGAUCAUCCUGAUCGACGAGGACGACGAGAAGUCGCUGCGCGAGAAGACCGUCACCGACGCCUCCGCCUCCGUGGUGGACACUGGCGGCAACGCGGCCGACCUGGUGUCGGGACGCCCGCCGCUGUCCGACAGCACCGAACUGUCCUCGGAGGGCAAGGACGAGAGCGCAGCAGCAGCAGCAACAGCAGAUACUAAGGAACUGCCCACAGCCACAGCAGGUAUAGAAAAGAAAAAACGCUGCCAGUGCUGUACUAUCAUGUGACCUCUUUUUUUUUCUCCAACACUAUAUUUUUUUCCUUAUUUUUUUGUUUUUUUUUUCCUAAUUUUCUCUUCUUCUUCUACUACUACUACUACUACUACUACUUCUUCCUCGGAGCACUCUCACAACUCGGCUCUUCCUCCCUUUAAAAGAACUCAAAAACAAACAUUACAAAAUGGCUCCUUCUUCUCCUACUAACAGCACCUCUAGCUGUCUGCGUGCUCUCCUUUCUCUUCCCCCUUGGCCUACUUUCCCACAGAAAGUUUGGUUCCACAGCUGAGGAGAACUGUUCCCGGAGGCCAAAACAGGUUUGGACAAAAACAGGGGGGAUCGUCAGGCCUGUCUGUAGCAUCUGACACUCAUACUAAGAAGAGCAUUACAUAUUUCAUCUUGGAGCAUUGAAAAGGAAAUAAAUGUUAAAAAAAAAAAAAAAUCUUGGAGGACAAGGAACAGUAUUAGUCAGAUUAUUUAAAUAUGUAUCAGUAUUUAACUAAUUUUUAAAGAGUAUAAAAUAAAUAAAAGAUGUGUCAGUCUUAAAGCUGUACAUUCAAGAAUGAUAUAAAAUUGCCACUUCCACUGAGAGCUUUAUAAAGUAGUGUAGCAUAGGUAGAAACAUUGAGAGUAAGGGUUUGACACACACACACACACACACACACACACACACACACACACACACACACACACACACACACACACACAAACAAAAACAAUGCCAACAUUGUGAGAAUGGCCAGUGUGAUAUGAAGCAGUGUGGUAUCCAUGCACUCAUAGCGCCAUGCACUCUGUAAAUACGUUCGCUCAUCAUACAUUUGUCCAGUGGCCUUACUGAAGCAUCUCAACUGCUACUCUCUUGAUAACAGGAUGGAUGUUUGUUUGUUUGUUAUUUUUUCCCUCUGCUUACAGUUCCGGAGUAAAGUCUAAGUCUUUUUUCCCUCUUCUGUGGCAGUGUCAGUAAGACAAUGUGCACGUUAUGUUCUGUACUGCACAUUCAAUCCCACUUUGCACCGGUGCAGCUAUAGUGGUGUGCCUCAGUGCAAAUGUACCGUAUAUCAGUAGGCGAGGAGUCAACAACCCUGGGGGAUGAAUUUCUCAAAACCAAAGUUGCUUACUACAUUAGCUACUUUGUUGUUUUCAUUUGCAUUUUCCCAUUGGCAACUACCAAAGUUGCUAACAGGCUAGCAACUUCUGUUUUGAGAAACUCACCCCAGUUCAGAAGUAAACACCCUGCCACAGAUUCCUCCCACCAUGGGGGACUUCACUGAAUAACUGGUCUGCCUGUCUUGAGGAGAAUUGUCUAACGUACAAGUAGAAGUACUCUUGCAGAUGUAAUUACAAGACCAGAGUUAUUAUAUUAGAUAGUUAAACUGUGUAAUAUGAUACUUCUAGUGUUGUAAUUACAUCUGUGAGAGUACUGGUCUUGAGUACACAUUACGAUCAGCUGAUUUUGUGUGAUCAUCACAGUGACAGGGUUUUGACUUGCUGAAUACGGGAUUGACACCUCUGAUCAGUGGGUUGAAUUAUUUAUCAUGAAACAAUGAGUGCUUUCCAAUAUGCAUACUCCUGUCCUCCACUUGUGCUUGUGGACUUGCCUCACCUCCUGGCCCCUCAGCCUAGCCACAACAACUUUUGGGGGACUAUUCUUCAUUUACCAUCCAGUUUGCAAAUGAGAAAAUAACGUAACAAUUGAGCUUUCGUGAGAUAUUGAAAUAUAAUGCUGUUGUCAGUGGUGUCAUCACAGCAUAUCACUUCCUGGUACGAGGCCACAACCACACAAGUGGAGGACGCAAGGUCGCAUAUUGGAACGCACACUAUGACGGUGUCUGAACACUUCCUUUCAUCAUCAUCUCCUGACUUCCCAGCGAUUGGUCGGCUCCUUCAGGGCAGCUACUGUAACUGGCCUUGACUUUCAGGUGUCUCGUCUCGUCUUCUUUCAGGUGUUUCGUCUCGUCUUCUUUCAGGUGUCUCGUCUCGUCUUCUCCAAUAUUUGUCCAGUGUCUUGACCAUGUUUAGAUACUGCAGUAAGGCAUUAUGCCAUGGUUUGCUGAAACAUAAGGUCCAACAAAUGCUGAUAAACCGGCCAUUUGUCGGCCUGUACUUUACACUAAUCUUUUCUUUUACCUGGUGCUUUUGGUCGUAAGAUGUCUGCUAAUAUGUGUCUAGUACCCACACUCAUCGGUUAAGAUAAGAACUUCUAAAAAUAUACCAAUUGUGCAAUGCUGCAGAUCUUCAAUUCACAAUUGUGCAAAUGAUAUGAUUCUCUCACACCAGUUCAGCACUGUCCUAACUGAUCCAUACCUUGAGGAAGACACUUUUUUAUACAGCUUGAUCCUAGUUUACAUAUUCAGUUGGCAAGCUGUGUAAUAUCAAGGGAUCUUUUCUGGUUGAAAAUAUAUUUCAGGACAUGACUGCCUUCAUUAUUUGAAACAUUACCAAGUUACAAAAAGCACAAUAUAUUGGAGAUGGGGUCUGUCUAUGCAUCACCAAAAGCUGAAACUGCCAGGACAGAGUCCCAAUUUUAUACCAGCGACCGCUUAGCAGUUAGAAUCCCGAGAAGAUAUCCGUAAUAAUAUUGGCACUGACUGACUACAUUGGCAUUAUAUGCAAACAUAGCAUAACCAUGAACACCAAGACACUUAUAUGAAGGAUUAGAAAUUGUUAGAAAUGCUUUCAUACAAUUAGAAGUGCAGAUUUUUUGGAAUAUUUCUCAGGGGUUUUGGACAAUAAGUCAUCUGAGUGUCAGUGUCUGAGUUGAGAGAAACACGAUAAGCAGCCCUUUUCGCUUGUCAGUGGUGAGGGGGGUUUAGCCGCUCAGCUUGUGUGUUAGGCUAAGCUAACAAUAUAUCAACAGUUCAGGACACAUAUGAAGACAAAGGCGAUCCACACACAGAGGAGCUCCAGUUGUUAUUUUCCAUUUCGAUGAUGUUAUGAGCUCUUGCGGCCUUCCUCGGACUAAGUGCAGUUAAGAGCAAAGCUCACAUGGAUAGGACAAGAGACACACCACCACACGAUCAGGUGGAGUUAACGCAGGCUAAAAAAAUAUAUAGCAGCUACAUUGUCAUGAUGGUACGCCUACACGUGUACGGAUAUUUUCGAACGUAAACACCUCUGCAUGUGUUUAUGUAGAAUUCAUUAUAGCGCUAUCAAUAUCUGAUAGUAAUACAAUUCUUAGUAUCCAAAGUCACACAGAAACACCAUAGGACUCCAUUAAGGUUGACUCUGAGGAGAUCUUUUGGAUUUAUGUUGGGUUUAAUCUAUUAAAAAUACUAAUACCAACUGCUUCACUCUGUCCAUCUAUCUUACAUCUGACACCAAUAUCGACUAACUGCUUAGUUCCACCAUUAACCACACGCUUAGUCAAAACAGGAAAUUCACAAAACAGACUAUGUAGGCUUACUACAGUAGCACAGCAAUCUAUACCGCAUUUUAUCAUCUGCCUGGAAAUGGUCAGAUCUUCAGUGAAGUACUCUACGAUUUUAGAUCAUCAGCAUACGAAUAUUACCAGGUCACCACAAAACAGCACAUGAUGCAUUGUAGACUGACUUAGAUUGUAGGCCACUGUACUUUACUUUCAUUUAGGCGGCAAUCGGUCAUCCUGUUCAGCAGCGUCACUGAACCUUAUCCAAGAUAGGCUACAGUAACUCUCCUAGCAGCAUACAUUUACAGCAAGGGGAAGAACGCAGCAGUAGCCAUGUGAAAUAAUACUAGAACAGCAUUUCAUAACACACAAACGAGUAGAAUAAUUGCCAAACCUACUACAGCCAGUGUACAUAUUUUACAAUAUUUUUUCAGAAAGUUGGCAACAGGACGUACAAUUAUCCAAUUCUUUUGACAGGAGGUAAGCUACUGCCAAAACACUGCACAUUAUUAUUAUUAUUAUUAUUAUUAUUAUUAUUAUUAUUAUUAUUAUUAUUAUUACCAAAUCUACUUCUGUUCCCUCUAAUUAUGCUGUGCCUAAUACAAUCAGAAUAAAAGAUGUGAAUGUUUUCCAGCACAGUUUCAAAGACACACACACACACGCACGUGUGCACACACACACACACACACACACACACACACACACACACACACACACACACACACACACACACACACACACACACACACACACACACACACACACACAUAUACACACAGCCAACUGUGAUCUGCUUCUGAGGUACAGUAUCUGUUUGGGUUCAACAACACCAUCUGCUAUUAGAAAGCCUGUGCUUCAUAACUAAAAUCUGGUGUAUUUUUGUUACCUGAAGAGUAAUUGUUCAUGCCAAUGUACAUGUCUUUCGUUAUGUCUAUGAUAAUCACUCUGUAUCUCUCCAUCUAUUGGUUCUUCCUUUCUUUUUCCCCUUUCUCUUUCUCUCUCUCGCUCCUGAAACCUCACCACACGCACACACUUUACUCAGAAUACAAAAUGGCCGCCGCCGCCUCCUCCUUGCUGUAACAGUGGCUUUCCCCUUUGUAUGGUAUAUACCUAGUCAAAUAAACUGCAUUUUCACAGUGCCUACCCUCCCGUGUCUCUGCUAUGGUUCUUUCACUAACUCACCAUUAUUGUGGCACACAAUCUAUUGUGUCACUAACUCACUAUUGUGUCUCUUGCACCACCUUUGCCCUCUAGCUGUCUAUCUAUCUCUUUCAUGCUGAUAACUUUGUGCUUUUUGCUGCUUUGCCGUCUGGCAUCUGGCCCCUGUCUGGCCUGGCUCUGGCCCAGGUCAGGUGUGAGUCUGAGAUGGCAGCAUAGCAGCAGGUCAGAGGUCAGGUAUCUGAAAUGGUGUUGCAUCCCCUUUGAUUGCUGCUCUGUGAUUGUGAGCACCCACAAUGCACCUGCACUAACCAAGCCCACACAGAUGACCCGUAACAGACUUACACUGCAUGCACUCUGCUGCCGGGCAUUUCCCAAAGUCUAGUGUAUGACCCUUGGAAGUGUGUCAGCCUAAUUAGUCACGCCCAGUGAUUGG